GUGUCCAAGCGCUGCCAAUCCCGUAUUCGGACUGGAAAGAACAAACUGGCCUCAUCUCGAGGGUAGGCUAUAUAGACACGGCAGCCAGCUCGAACGACGACCUCUCAAGCUUCAUCCUCGGACUCUCUUCAUCACCCGUCCGCUCCAGCCCACCAACACACCGAGUGUUUUGAGGGUUGCGUCCACGUCUGCCCUUUGUUACGGCCAGUGAAUUGGCUAAGCUGUUGUAAUUUAAUCAGACCGAAGUCUCCUUCUCGUCCGCUGAAUACCCCUUUGUUUUCCUGCUCGCUCUCCUAUCACCAUGCGGCAGUUUAGAGAUUUUGCCUUUGGCCUUGCGGCCCUAGGUCUUACAGCUCUAGCUUCCGCUUCUGAGGCGGAGUCGGAUGUACAUGCCCUCACGAAAGACAACUUCGACGAUUUCAUUAACAGCAACGACCUAGUUUUGGCGGAGUUCUAUGCACCAUGGUGCGGUCAUUGCAAAGCUCUUGCCCCUGAAUAUGAAACUGCUGCUACCGAGCUCAAAGCGAAGAAUAUUCCUCUCGCCAAGAUUGACUGCUCAGUGGAGAGUGAACUGUGCCAGGAGCAUGAAGUGGAAGGUUACCCCACACUCAAGGUCUUCCGUGGGCGUGAACAAGUGAAGCAAUAUAGUGGCCCUCGCAAGAGUGGAGCUAUUACAUCUUUCAUGACCAAACAGUCUCUUCCAGCAGUCAGCAAAGUAACCGCGGAUAAUAUCGAAGAUGUGAAAACACUGGAUAAAGUCGUCGUUAUUGGAUACUUUAUGGAGGAUGACAAAGAAUCGAACGAGGCCUUCGCCGCCGUGGCUGAGGAUCUACGCGACGAUUUCCUCUUCGCCGUAACGAAUGAUGCCAAAUUGGCCGCCGCUGAAGAUGUUGAGCAACCCUCCGUUAUUCUGUUCAAGGACUUCGAUGAGCGCAAAGAGAUCUUCAAAGGAGAACUUUUCCAAGAGGACAUCAGCAACUUCGUAAAGCUUUCCAGCACCCCUCUCGUUGGCGAAAUCGGUCCAGAAACUUAUGCUGGCUACAUGGCAUCUGGCCUUCCACUUGCCUACAUAUUUGCCGAAACUCCUGAAGAGCGUGAAGAGUUCAUAACCGUCCUGAAGCCCAUCGCCAAAAAGCAUAAGGGUUCCAUCAACAUUGGGACCAUCGACACCGUAGCUUACGGAGCUCACGCUGGCAACCUGAACCUUGAUCCCGAUAAGUUCCCAGCCUUCGCAAUCCAAGACACUGCCAACAACAAAAAGUACCCCUUGGAUCAAACUCUGAAGAUCACCGGGGAUGUCAUCGCCAAGUUCAUUGAAGAUGUCCUUGAUGGUAAGGUGGAGCCUAGCAUCAAGUCUGAGCCUAUCCCUGAGAGCCAGGAAGGCCCUGUCACCGUUGUCGUCGCCCACACCUACCAGGAACUUGUCAUUGACAAUGACAAGGAUGUUCUUCUCGAGUUCUACGCCCCAUGGUGUGGACACUGCAAAGCUCUCGCACCCAAAUAUGAUCAACUUGGCCAACUCUACGCUGAGAACCCAGAGUUCGCCUCAAAGGUCACCAUCGCCAAGGUCGACGCCACCGCCAAUGAUGUACCAGACGAGAUCCAGGGCUUCCCAACCAUCAAGCUCUUCCCAGCUGGCUCCAAGGAUUCUCCUGUCGACUACACUGGCCCCCGCACUGUCAAGGACCUGGCCGACUUUGUCCGGAACAAGGGCAAGCAUGGCGUUGACGCGUAUGAUCCGGCGAAGGUACCUGCGGAUGGCGGUGAUGUCACCGAGAAGUCCGCUGCGGAAAGCCCAGCGUCGACAAAGGCUGCUGAGAAGGAAACUAAGGCUGACGACUCCGAAGAACCGGAGGAGACUGCUGAACCCACCCGGCAUGAGGAGUUGUGAUUACUGUCACAGCGCUUUGUGCAAUAUCAAAUCAAAUAUGCCAUAUAUUGAAAAGAAUGGGAUUCUUGGGUGCUUUCCUUGUUUUGUGCGAUUAGUUUAAUUGAAUCGAAUGGCUGUUUUUUGCUGCCAUUUGUCUUUUAGAGCAUCUGGAAUUUUUAUAAUGUAUUUUGUCUCUGCAUGUGUGUUGUCCUUGCUGUUCUAUUUUAUUUUACAUUAUAUAACCCUCGUGCAUGCCGCAUGUUGUUAGGCGGGGCCUGCAUCUUGUGCCUGAGCUUGUACUAUUUGACCAACAAAAAUAAGAUACUUAUAUCUUCCAUCUCAUUGAGACUUGUAAAUCUAUAUACAGUCUUUACGCAGCAUGUAUGUGUAUGUGUAUGAGCUUGGUGUUGUAAAUGCUGUAACCCAUCUGAUCUGAAUGGGUUGGCCUCUUUUUCAACCAGGCUUCUUUCUCCCUUUUGCCUCGCUCCGUCUUUCUCACAGUUUGUUCCAAUUUCUGAACGUCUCAUACGUCUGCCACCAUCUAACAAAACCUCUCGGAAACAUAUAUCUAUCUCAAAAGGAGUUUGAGAUACUCUACGUUAUGUCUCCAGGCACGGCAGAAAUCUCACCCCGCAACUUGUUUUUCACCGCAUAUGUAGGCUAAUUGGUUAAAAAAUUAUUUGGAAUAACCCGAAUCCCUUCCAAAUAUUUCCAAAGGAGAUUUCAACGACAAAAAAUAAACAGGUAAAGCGGGGAAAUAUUGGGAGGGAAUAAUGGACGACAGAAAGAAGGAGAGGGAAGGAAAAAAUAUGAGUAAAUUCCAAGCCAUUUGACAACGCCUUUGCUAUCCGGAUCCCAUCCAAACGAUAACGAAACAAUCAACCAGUUCUUUAAAAGUUAUUUAGUCCCAGAAGUUGACGGGUACCAAUGUAUUCCGCCUCCAUGUUAAACAAGAGUAAAUACGCGCCGCACACGCACAUGCCGUACCUAUAUACAGUGACCUUCCUCAAUCAGUUAGGAAGGUCAUACUCCGCCUCUGCUAGCGCGGCUAAUGCGUCAGCGUCCUCUUCUUCGUCUUCCGACAAUAAUGAUGAGCUAUGUGUACCGUUCCCACUCGCUUCUGUAGCUUUCGUUACGACUUUUUGCGUCUUGACGGUAGUAGAUACGGCGGUAGAGUUGAUUUCAACUGUAGUUUCUAUUGCUGCUGAUGUAGUUGUCGUAGUAGGUUUUGAUGCUGGCGGUGAUGAUGGUUUCUCCUCAACGAGAGACCAGUCAAUAACCCCGUCUUUGCCAUAGCGUUCGAGGAGCCAUUCAUUGGUCUUCUUGAAGUGGCCGCAUUGAAGCUAUAAACAAGACAAAUUCAGAGUCCCAUUAGCUAUGUUCUGAACAGGGAAUUGUUCGUAGUAGAAACUUACAAAUCCGCCAUGAGCACUCAACGGACUGGGGUGCACAGACUGCAGCACACAAUGUCUCUUCUCUUUGUCCCGAAGAAUAUGUGCUACCCGCUUCCCUGCUGGUUUCCCCCAGGCUAAGAACACAACGCCACGCGUCCGCGUCUUCGCCACGACAUCGAUGACCUUCUGCGUAAACCUCUCCCAACCCUGGUUUGCGUGACUAUUGGCAUUAUGUGCGCGGACGGUUAGGCAUGUGUUUAACAUGAGGACACCGCGGUUCGCCCAGGGGACAAGGUGGCCUCCGUUGUUGGGCGGCUUGGUGAAGGAGGGGUAGUCGUUCUUCAGGGCUAUGUAGAUGUUUUUCAAGGAGGGGGGCGCGGGCAUAGGAGGCCGGACGGAGAAGCAGAGGCCGUGCGCUUGGUUGUGGUUGUGAUAUGGGUCCUGGCCGAGGAUGACAGCUCGGACUGUGUGGAGGGGAGUGUACCGGGACCUAAUAGGGCAAGGGCACGAACGGGUUAGGCUCCGAAAUUUCUUCAAGUGAAAAGGAUUGUGAUAUUAGUUUUCUUUCUCUUUUGUAUUUACCAUGAAUACACCUCUUCAAGGGGUGGGAAUAUCUUCG